AUGGCUACUUCCUUUGCUCAAAAAUGGGCCCGAUUCAUUCCAAUGAUCGGCUACCACCAUGUGUUGAUGAUUAUUAUCGCAGUUGCGAUUAUCUUGUUGUCGCUUUUGUUGGCCGGCUGCUCUUCAUCAUCCCCGCAAAUCCCCAACAUCUUCCUUAUCUCUCUGUUCUAUGAAAAGUACAACCCGAUCAGGGAUCUCGCUCAAGUCGACCCAGGUGUUGUGACAGCAAUCUCCAACAUCGUCGGAGGUGCAGAGUUGGAAGUCCGAGUGGGAUAUUUCGGUAUCUGUGUUCAGCCCGAUAAGGGAUCUUUCAUUUGCAAUGCCAAUGCAACGGCGUUGGCUGAGAUUGUCACCGUGGACCAAGAUCCGCUGAACUUGAUCUGGGUUGCUUCGACGUUCAAGGAUGCUGUAGUGUUUCCAUAUCUGCUGAUUGUUGCUGUCAUUCUCGCAUUCUUCUGUUUCAUCAUUCUAGCGACAUUCCCUGGCUGGCACGAGGAGAUCGACGAGUCUGGAUCCGAUCAUGACGUCAAGCCUUUCCCCUCGCGCCCCGUCUCCCAGGCCGCGCUAGCCCUCAUUUUUGUCUCCUCGGUUUUCGUUCUCGUGUCCGUACUGUGGCAGCACACAGCAUCUGUCGCUGCCAGUACGAUCGCCCAAGACAUGGGCAAUGGAAGUGUAAAGAGCGGCGUCGGCUCUUCUGCAAUGGUGCUUGGCUGGUUUGGCUUUGUCCUACUGGUCAUAGUAACUGUUGGUCUAUUGAUGAUGAUCUUAAGUAUAAGUCUGAUCCGCAAACUGACUGACGAGGAAUAA